GCCUCUGCGACUCUUUUCCUCUGGCUCAUUCACUUCCCUUUCCCCCAUAACCAGCCAUGGGAACCGCCAAGAAGGAAAAGAACCGCAAGGAGCGGGAAGGAAAGACCGGCGAUGGCAUGGGCAACGUCAAAGUCAAGGGCGAAAACUUCUACCGCACCGGCAAGAAGGUCAAGGUGCUGAAGCGCCUCACAGACGGAAAGGCCCAGCGCAACGCCAAGGGCGACAUCACCAAGGCCGCCUCGUACCAGAGCCGCGAGGCGCCCGUCGCCCGUGUAGAGCCCAAUCGCAAGUGGUUCAACAACACGCGUGUCAUCUCCCAGGAUGCCCUCGACUCGUUCCGCUCGGCCGUGCACGCGCAGGCGUCCGACCCCACGUCGUACCUGCUCAAGCAGAACAAGCUCCCCAUGUCCUUGAUCAACGACGUGAAGAGCGUCAACGGCGUCAAGGUCCAUGCCGCCAAGAUCGCCGUCGAGAGCCAGCCUUUCUCAGAUACCUUCGGCGCAAAGGCGCAAAGGAAGCGCCCAAAGCUUGACUUUGACUCCUUCGAGGGCCUUGCUGGGAGAACCGGGGAUAUGCACGACACCUACUUGGACCGCUUAGAGCAGGCUAAGCUGCUGUCAGGGACCUCUGGACAGGAAGAGGAGAACACUGGCGAGCUCACCACGUCGCGAGAAGCCAUCUUUGGCAAGGGUACUUCGAAGCGUAUCUGGAACGAACUCUACAAGGUCAUCGACUCCUCCGACGUCAUUCUGCAUGUCAUUGAUGCCAGAGACCCCGUCGGCACAAGAUGUAGAUCGGUGGAGAAGUAUCUUCGGGAGGAGGCACCGCAUAAGCACUUGGUCUUCGUCCUGAACAAGGUCGAUUUGGUCCCAAGCAAAGUCGCUGCUGCCUGGGUCCGCCAUCUCUCCAAGGAAUUCCCAACUCUCGCUUUCCACGCUUCAAUCAACAACUCUUUCGGCAAGGGCUCCUUGAUCUCCCUGCUCCGCCAAUUCAGCCAGCUGCACUCAGAUCGCAAACAGAUCUCUGUCGGUCUCAUCGGCUACCCCAACGUCGGCAAAUCUUCCAUCGUUAACACUCUACGCAACAAGCCGGUGUGCACAGUCGCGCCCAUUGCGGGAGAAACGAAGGUAUGGCAGUACAUCACGCUCAUGAAACGCAUCUACCUCAUCGACUGCCCUGGCAUCGUUCCCCCUAAUCAGCAGGACACCGACGAGGAGCUCCUUCUCCGUGGCAGUGUCCGAGUUGAGAACGUCGAGUGGCCUGCGCAAUAUGUGGAGGCUGUGUUGCGACGCGUACAGCCCAAGCAUCUGCAGAAGACUUAUGAAGUCACUGGAUACACAGACUCCACGAGCUUCCUUGAGUUGCUUUGCAGGAGAAUGGGUAGGCUGCUCAAGGGCGGCGAGCCGGAUCUUGAUGCUGUUGCGCGGAUAGUGUUGAAUGACUGGAUAAGAGGUAAGAUUCCGUGGUUCACACCGCCGCCUAUGCUGGAAGGUGAAAGUGGCGGCGCGGUGAAGGGCAUCGAUGGAAGAGAAGGCAAGCUCGGCGAGAUGAGGAAGCGGAAGCGCGGUGAAGAAAGUGAACUCGCCGAGAGUGUCGCGGCUACUACCGAUGCAGCGGACAAAGACGAAGGCGAAGACGACGAUGAAUUCUCCGGCUUUAGUGAUGAUGAUGAUGAAGCAGCAGCUGAGGAGGCGGCGGACGACGAUGCCGACGAUGCACAAACCCUCGUCGCAGAAGGCGACGCGAGCGACGAGGACAUCGAGGAGGAGGUCGCUGCAAUAUCGGCAGCGCUGUCGAAGGCAAAAAAGAGGCAACGGAAAGAAUAGUCACGUUACGGCCAUAGUCACGACCCUCAAGUAAUGAUACCCACGACAUGCACUGCGCAUGUUCCACGCAUCUUCUAUCGCCCUUCUUCAUCCAUCACCGUAUCGUGUCUGUGGCAUUUGCCGAAGUU